AUGUCAACGGCGAUUGUGGCGGACUCAUCUAACGCGCUCUCGUCCUAUCUUGCUCAGCUUGACACUGCCAAGAAGGCUUACAUCGCGGCCGAUACGGCGUUUCUGGCAGUCGAAAGGCGCAUCAUCAGCAGCGACGCCGACUAUCAGGAUUUCGAUAACCGCGCAGAUGAGCAACACACGCAACUGGGUCAUUCUCUUGGGAUAGUUUGCGACGUAGUGCGCUCUGCUUCUCAAGACGAUCGGCUUCAGCCUAGCGAUUUGGAUACUGUCGUCGAGCGCGCCGCGGCCAUAGAGAACACUCUCAUUGAUCUCUCAUUCGGCAAAGAUAGCGAAGAUGGCAAUACGGACAUCGUGUGCGGCAACGUACUGAGAGAGCACUCAAAUGCAUCGCGUUUCGCCAACAGCGUUGGGGCGGGCACAACAAGCAUGAUGAUGCCUUUAUUCCAGGCCUUCGCGAAGAUGGCCGCGAGGAUGGCGAAUGAGGCGGCUGGGAAAACCGGCAACACUUCGGAUGGUCUAAGCGAAGAGCGUAUCAACGAGAUUUUCUCCGGAAAGCCUGCGACUCCUUACAAGGAUACGCCCAAACCAAGCCCUUACACCUCACCGCUUGCCCGCUUUGGCAGCGAGCCAACGAUCCCUGACCCGGAUGCCACGGCGUCUCUGUCCGCUCGUGCCUUCGUUGAGGCUCGUUGCGAGAUUGGAUCCAAUGGGAUAGGCCGCCCGGUAAACAUGCUUCUGGCAGGCGAUACGCUCAUACUACUUGGCGAGGAUAUCUGGAAGGACCGUGGCUGUUCGCUUUCCAUCCGUGAUCUCACGUCUGAUGGAUCCGGAUCCAACUUCAACUACCGUGAACGGACGUACGGCCUCCGAAGCGACGGUGGCCCUCAGGUCACCGUAGAUGGCUCGAGAAAACUCAUCUAUAAUGGAGCUGACCGGGUUAUCAAUGCUUAUCGAUAUGGCCAUGGAAGUUCCAAGAAGGUCGUGUUCGCUCUAGAUACGAAGGGCUACCAAGGCAUACUCGGUCUCGCAGAUGACGGUGCAAAGGUGUUGAGGACAGGCAGUGCAGGACUUGGCGUCUGGGACGUCUCUUCUACGAGUAAGGAUGGCUCGCAAGUGUCGUUCACGAGCGUCAAGUCUGAGGCAUUUGCUGACAUCGCCAACUUCGGUGUUAUGGCUGAGCAUCCGUCCAAUGCUCGAGAGCGCCUCGUCGGUAGCUGCGAGUACGCCUACUUUGUUUCUUCCGUGGACAUCGACUCGGGGAGGGUCGCGGCGCGCUACGUCGGGCACAACAGGGGUGUGACCGCCUUUGCCUCCAGUAGGGAUGAUCCGCACUCCUUCGUCACAGCAAGCUCGGACGGCGGCGUGCGCUUCUAUGACGCACGCAUGGCAGCGCCGACUUACGCCAUCCAGCACUUAGAAGGUGGCGACAACAUACAGUCGGUUCUGUACGAGCAUAUUGGAGGUCACCCAUUUAUCAUCAUCGGAGGAUCCAAGUCGCAGCAGAUCAAGAUUUGGGACGCUAGUGCGCGUGCCCCUCUGUACGAGCUCAGCACAGGCAACAACACCGUCGAGGCCCUGGCUUGGGAUGGCUCGCGUAAUCAGCUCUUCGCUGCCACAAGCUGCGAAUAUCUCGGGCAUUAUGGCACAGCCUUCGACUACCGUCAAGCGCGCUUUGGAGAAGAUGUUCCAAGGCAUUGGGAGAAAGCGUGGCCAAAGCAAGCCUACCACAACGAGGAGAGUUUCGGGCAUCCGUUCGAUUGCGGAUCGCAUCGGCUCCUUUGCUAUUGUUUUAAGGUCGAGCCCGAUACCAGUGUUCUACCCAAAUAUGGAGACGCUCAGCCAGACCGAGGGGGCGGCGGGUUUUUCGGCGGAUUUUAA